CCUAAUAAAUAUAUAGUAGGUGGAAAGGAAACUGCAAUAAAUGAAUAUCCUAUGAUGUGCGGACUCGUCGAUAGCAUUAACAAAAUUUUAUAUUGUGGUUGUACUAUAAUAUCUGGACAAUACAUAGUGACGGCAGCUCAUUGCGUGGAGGGUAAAAAUAUUAAUCAAAUUGGCGUUAUCAUUGGUGAACAUGAUGUACUCACAGGUAAGGAGACCAAAGCAACAAGGUUGUACCGUAUGAACUGGUGCAAAAUGCAUCCGAAUUACUAUGUUUUUCAUAAUGAUAUAGCUGUUUGUAAGAUUAUGGGUAUCAUAGACUAUAGUGCCGAAGUUGGUCCGGUCUGUUUACCAUUUCAACAUAAACAAAACUCGUUUGAUGGUUCUGUUGUAACUGCAUUAGGUUGGGGUUUAUUAGAAUUUGGCGGAGUGAAAUCAAAUACGUUGCAAAAAGUGAAUUUAGAUAUAAUAUCUCUUAUAAAAUGCAAAAAUUAUUAUCCUAAUGUAAUAGAUAAUAAUAUAUGUACUUACACUCCGGAAAAGGAUUCUUGUCAAAUGGACAGUGGCGGACCUAUUUUAUGGUCAAACCCUAUCACACAUAAUCUUGUACUAGUCGGUAUUAUAUCCUCCGGUAUUGGUUGUGCUUCAAAAGAACCUGCUAUCCAUACACGUACAGGAGCAUUUAUUAAUUGGAUAAUGUCCGUAACACCUGAUGUUCAAUACUGCAAAGUAGAGUAAACUCUGUAUAAUCGAAACAAAUUGCUUUACAAUGGUUUAUAUAAAUUGAUGCUGGAAGGACACUCAAAUUGAUAAUUU